GGCAGGAGGCGCGAAGCGUUCUUCCUCUGGGUGCUGUUGGAGUCGCGCAUGCGCCGGGAGGGGAGGAGCAGCCGACGGUUGUAGGGGAGUGUUUGUGCGCAUGUGCGUUUGAACCUGCCAGAGAGAAUAGCGCUGCGGCUGCGCGUCGGAAAACACAGGGCCUGCGCAGAACGGAGGAGCCUAACGGCGCACGCGUCGGAGGGCCCGAAGAGGGGUGGAGGGAGACGCGAGCGCCUCGAGCUCGAGGUGAGUGCGGAGAGCGGCGCGGGCGGGCCGGCCCCGGCGCGGGGCAUGCUGGAGAUGGCCACGGACAAGGAGACCUUCCUGGUCCCGGCGCCGCCGCCGCCCCUCAAGCCCCCGCCCAGGGGGGGUGGGGCCGAGGAAGGGCGCCAGAGCGGCAGCGGGGACGUCCCCCCGGGGCGGCCGGGGCCGGGGCCCGGGCAGCGCGGCGGCGGCGGCGCGGCCCCGGAGGAGGAGGAGGACGGCCUGGCUGAGCUCCAGCGGCCCCGCAACGGCCUCCAGCCCCCCCAGAAGCCCCCCGGGGGCGGCAAGCGGCGCAACAGCUGCAACGUGGGUGGCUUCAAGCACCCCGCCUUCAAGCGGCGCCGCCGGGUCAACUCGGAGUGCGACCCGGUCCUGCCCUCGGAAUUCCUGCUGGGCGGCAACAUCUUCGACCCGCUGAACCUCAACAGUCUCCUAGACGAGGAGGUGAACCAGGCCCUCAACGCCGAGACCCCCAAGUCCUCGCCCCUGCCGGCCAAGGGCCGCGACCCAGUUGAGAUCCUCAUUCCCAAGGACAUUACCGACCCCUUGAGCCUUAACAACGCCCAGGAGGACCCCCCGGUGCUGGCCUCCCCCAUCAAAGCCGGGCGCAAGCGACAUCGCCAUCGAGGGGCACAGCGGGCAGCCAGCAACCCCGAGGGCAGCAAGGCUGCCUCCUCCUGCAAGUCGUGCCAGAAGGCCUGCAACGGAGCCACUCCGCAGCCCUAUGAACUCAACACAGCCAUCAACUGCCGCGAUGAGGUGGUGUCCCCCUUGCUGCAUGGCAGUGGAGACCUGCCACGGGGCCAGCAGGCCUCCAGCUCCGUCGCCCCCUCUGGUGCUUCCAUGGCCUCUUCAGCAGGUGGUGGCAGCAGCAGCCGCCAUCAUCACCAUCAUCGCAAGAGGCGCAGGACUUGUAGCAAGACAGAGGGUGCUGGAGCCAAGCAUCCAGGGUCAUCCACAGCGAGUGAACCAUCUCAUCGAAGCAGCCCAGAGAGGGGACGGAGCGUGCCCAGGUGCAGGCACCAGCCACCUCCUUCCACACAGCAGCCUCGGCGGCAGUCGCAGCGCAAGUUCCAGUAUGGCAACUAUUGCAAAUACUAUGGCUACCGCAACCCUGACUGCGAGGACUCCCGGUUGCGGGUAAUGAGGCCCGAGUGGUUCCAGGGUAAAGAGGUGCUGGAUGUGGGUUGCAAUGUGGGGCACCUCACUCUGAACGUGGCCAAGAAGUGGGGUCCCAGCAGGAUGGUGGGUGUGGACAUUGAUGGGGCUCUCAUCCACUCGGCACGCCAGAACAUCCGGCACUACCUUUCUGAGGAGAUUCAAGUGCAGCAGCAGAGUGGUGGCAGCAGUGAGGGGGCUUGCCUUACCAAGAAGACCUUCCCUGUGUCUCUCAUGGCCAGCCGAGGGCCUAUUGCUGCACCAAGGGUGCCCCAAGAUGGUGCAGAUGCCAACAUCUUCCCCAACAACGUGCUCUUUGUCAAGGGCAACUACGUGCUGGAACGUGAUGAGCUGCUGGAGGCUCAGAAGCCAGAGUACGACGUGAUCCUCUGCCUCAGCCUCACCAAGUGGGUGCACCUCAACUGGGGGGACGAGGGGCUCAAGCGCCUCUUCAAGCGCCUCUACCGCCACCUGCGGCCUGAUGGCAUUCUGCUGCUGGAACCCCAAGCCUGGGCCUCGUACGGCAAAAGGAAGAACCUGACGGAGACCAUAUGCAGGAACUUCCACCGCAUCAAGCUGAAGCCUGACCAGUUCCCUGCAUACCUGACCUCGCCUGAAGUCGGCUUCUCCAGCUGUGAAUUGGUGGCGACGCCCAGGCACACCUCCAGAGGAUUCCAGCGGCCCAUCUAUCUCUUCCACAAGGCCCUCCCAAAAGCGCAAUGAGAAGCUUUGCCCAGGCAAGAGAGCCCUUCUGAGCAGCAGCCAGGGACAUUUUCCAGAGACACUUUGACAGGAAAGCAGAGAGGACUGGGAGACUGGCCACCUGUGACCCUGGAGGUGGAGCUGCUUCGCCUCUGGGGCUCCUGUCCGUUUGCCUGCAGCUGGCCAAGUGAAGAACAGAGAAAACCGAGAUGGCCUGGAGCCGCUACCAUGAUCCUUAAGUUGCGGGGGGUGGGAGGUAGGCAUGUCCCUCUUCUCAUGGCAGUGGAGAGGGUGCUGGCUAGCUUCUUCCUAGUGCUCCUCCUGAAGGCAUGACCCAGAAUAAGAACAAAUGCUACCCUGCAGCUUUUGGCAAGUGCCCCACCCCCUGGCCACUCAAGGAAAAACUGUAGUGGAAUCCUAGUUGUGGAGAGGGGCAGAUGGGGGAGGGCAUCCCCUGAACAGUGAGUGGGGCAGGCAGAUCAUCAGUGGGAGGCAGCACCCCCCCCCCCAGGACAUAAACUAGUGAAGCUUCCCCCCAUGCUGUCUGCUUCCUGGGAUGAGCUCCCUCUACAGUGUUUAGUAUACGAGGAAGGUAGAAAACAGGGUUGGGCUCCUGCAGGCAGCUUGCUACCUGUUUCCAGCGGGAGGGGGGGAGAGACUAGAACAAACCCCUGCUCCACUUAAGGAGGGAGGGAGGGGGCAGGCUACCUCCUGUGCCCUGGUACCCCAUCUGGAGCAAUGGCUGAAGAAGCCAGGCUAUCCCUCCUUUCAGAAGAGCUACCUGCCUUGCCCCUCCCCCACAAUGGGAUGGUUUGAGCCAGGACUUUGAUCUUUACAAAGAUGUUGAUUCUAUAUAUAAAUAAAGCCUACAAAUUACCAA